UUUUUAUUUUUGAACGAAUCAGUAUAUUUAAAAGAGUUCGAAUAGACUGUGUUUACGUAAUAAUUGUUUCAAAGAUAUGACCAUAUCACGAAGCGGAAAAUGUUGAAAUUGAUAAUUUCGACGUUGCAAGGAUUUGUCCAUCCUACACGAACAUUUCCGUUUUAUUCUUAAUUAAGAGAUCAUUUAGAGAAGAGUAAAGUUUAAAAUUGUUCAGGAUGGAUCGUAUAUUCUUCGUGUUAUUCUAUAUUUUCAAUUUCAUGGUGAUAACAUUAGCAAAGUGUACCGUUAACAAUUAUGAAGAAGGAUUUGGGAAUCGAGUGAAAUGUACAAACGAAAGUUUGGAAAAGUCUUUGGAUCAAGGCAAUAACAUAAUAUCUGCGAUCAUGAUCUUUCAAUCUGAUAUACGUCAACUCCCGAAAGACGCAUUUUCAAGAUAUGCCAAGAAUCUGGUGGCUCUGAACUUGCAAAACUGUAACAUCAAGAACAUAGACGACGAUGCCUUUCGUGGCUUGACUUAUCUCCAGAAACUCACUCUCUCGAGUAAUAACAUUAGCCAAGUGAAGGAUCGUUGGUUCCAAGAGCUGAUAUCCUUGCAACAGUUGGAUUUCUCCUAUAAUCAGAUCACGACGAUCCAGUCGUUAGCCUUCGAGAGAUUGUCGAAUCUUCGCAGACUCGAUCUUAGCGAAAAUCGACUCGGAUGUUUGGAAAGCAACGUUCUGCAACCGUUGAGAGCCCUCGACAAGUUACGUUUCGACGGUAAUCCACUGACCUUCCAAUGUCGUGCAAAGUUAACUCUGUGGCUAAAAGAUCACGGUGUUAAUUACAAGAUCGAUCCGCGUGGUCCGGAAUUCUGGCUGGACAACGUACUUUGGCUCUGUGCCGUGGACGAUUCCAUUCCCUUAGGGGAUAAGAACGAGCAAAUGGUUGAAUGCGUCAUUUUGAAUCUUUUCAAUCAAUUACGUACAGUUUGGAUGUUACUCGUUUCACCGUCAAUACCGCAACAAUGUUCGCAAUUGAGGAAAGAUCUUACGAAAUGUUUAGUGACUGGUGGACAUAAAUCAUUGACAAAUUCUGCUACAAAUGGUGCCUUUAUAAAGAAUUUACUUUUACAACUUAGAGAGUCGAAGUCGAGUGCUUGAUUCGAUUUAACAAUGAGUUAAAUCUUUGAUUUUUUUUUUAAUUAUGAUUAAUCAAAUUUUUAAUGUUGUUAUUCAACAAUAUAUACUUUUAUUAAGCUGAAAUAAUUGAUAAUAUUGUUCGAAUGUUUUUCUUCUAUAAUUUGCAUAAUAAUAAAAUGGUCUUAAUAAGAAAGAGAACAAGAAAAAUGAUGUUGUUACAUUUACUCAUCUAAUUAGACAUUAUCGUAAAAUUAAUUUUCUUCGUUGAAGUACUUUCAAGUCCUUUCUUACUCAAGGAAUUAAUCAUCGUAAGAAAGUAGGUCCUUUUGAUACGGAUCCGUCGGCACGUUUACUCAAGAAAAUACCACUUCGAAUUUAUUAUGCAAAGUAUACUGACGCGAGCGUUCGCUCAAAGUUUCUAAAAGUACUUAUCGGUACUUUAGCAUUUAUUAUAAUUUAUCCUAACGAACGAAUUGUGAAAGCGCGAAAGAAUGAAUCUUAAUUUAUCUUUUUAUUUGUGUGAAAAGUUAAAAGGAAAGUAUUUUCUGGAAAGAUAAAUUUUUCAUGGGGAAAAAAACAGGCAUGAUGAUAUUUUGUUUUAUCAAAAUGUCGAACGAUAGAAAGAAAGAUGGAUGAACAGUUUACUCGUUUAUCUCGAAAAAUACAUACGUCGAAAAAUGUCUAAAUUUCGAAGAUGAAAGAGAAAGAAAAGAUAGGAGAGAGGAAGUGGGAGAGGGAGAGAGAGAGAAGAGAGAGAUGGGAAAAGGGAAGAAGGGUAAGAAAGAUA